AUGGAUGCAUCGACACGGCUAUACAAACGCUUGGGAGAGAUACCAGAAGACCCGAACGACCCCGAAAGUCUGGACGAUCUGAUAGUCUGCGCAUUCGGUGCCUUUGAGCGAUACUACGUGUGCUGGAAGACAAAAGGAGGAGAAUUUAGACAAGAUGGCUACGAUCUCCCUCCCGCACUCAAAGACUGGCUCUACCCCACCGACGGCACAACACGAGACUUCGCGUCCCUUCAGGUCGUCUUCGGACGAGGCGAAGAGUACUUCGCAUCCGACAAGAACGGCAAGCUGGAGUACAAAGAGCCGGAGGAGCAAGAGGUCGAGCUCAAUCAGUUCGCAACGAGCGAGUCGGCCACCGAGUCUAAGCUAUACGAAUUCGAGGACGAAUUCGGAUAUCUCGCUGUUGGGAGAGACGAUUGUUGA